AUGUACAAAGUUUGUAGCAGUUCAGAACAUGGUGGGGGGUGGGGAGAAAAGGCUAUAAUAAAGUAUCUUGGAAUAAUGCGUGGCUGUCUUGCUGAAACUUCAAUAAAUAUGCAAAAUAACAAAACAGUACUAGAAGCCAUGGCAGAAUUAUCCCCGUUGGAACAUUUUGCAAGACAAUCACUCACACUACAAAGAGCUUAUAACCCACCUACUCUCAGCAGUCAAGAACAUCAACACUGGAGGGAGCUGUUAGGAGUGAACGUGGAGCACUGGUACCAAACUGUAUGGGAAACAGCCUUACUAGAAAAGCUAACCAACAAACCAAAACUAGCACAGGGACAAAUAAACAAGGAUGCCUUCACCCCAGUGUGGUUCCCCUUUAUUACACACACAGCCCAACAAGAACCCAGCGAUAGCAUGCAAAUCGACAUGGCUAACUUGAGCCAACAACCCUUCACGCACAAACAAAACUUACUGUAA